AUGGUCUUGCUCGUGGACGUAUUGCCGUCCCUCGUCGAAUGGGGGUUUGAGAUGGAUGCAUGGCGCUCUGGGUGGCUUGCAUUCGUGAAGCAGAUAGAUUGGGUAAGAAUUAAGAAUAUCAACUGGUUUUCUGCCGAUAUUAUCAAGCCCACCGCCGCUGCGACUCACCACCGCUUCCACGCACACACACACACACACACACAUUGUUCACGGCCAAAGCUCCACCAGGCCUGUUAUGCGGCCAUGGUCUGCUUGGAGGCCUGGCCCAUCCUUCACUUCCUGGCCUUCUCCUUGGUUGGAUAUAGCCCAUCUCCAGCCCCCUAUGCACAAGAGCUGAUGAUGGCGGCGACCGAAGCGAAGGAGGAAACAAAAAGAGGCUCUCCCGGCUCGAGCCCUGUUUUUAGCAAAUCCCGGCGUUCUUUUGUCCCCCUUUGUGUUGGGCGUCUUGUUGAUGCCCAACCCAACCCCAUUCUCGUCCACCAGCCAGCCCUCGUCUUCUUCGCCGGCUACGCCAGCCCAUGUCUCCGGUCGGUCGGUCCGUACCGCAUCAACCAUUCUGUCGUUUGCCGUGAACACUCCCAGACCAACUUGUUCCCCCUCCCCUUCCCCACCCGAACGAAUCACUUGAGUGGUAUUAUUGGUGCCAAGGGCUGGCCCACGAGCUUCAGCGCCGCACAAUACACAAUAUCUUGUCUCGCCGUGCACGUCUCGUCGAGUUGCCUCUACCUGGUACGAGCCUCGCGCCCCAAACGCCGCGACAUCACGCUGUGCCAUUCUUCCGAUGUUUCGAGGGAAGGAAGAAACUGGCGGUCAGGACUCUCGGAGUGA